AUGUUUGAAAGUAAUGAAGCACCAUGGGGACCAAGUAUUACAAAACGCAUACCAAAGAAGCCGAGAUAUUCCGGGAAAAUAGUGCAUGACCAUGUGAUUGUUGACAAGAAAAACCCGGAUUCCGAAAACGAAUUCGCUAAUGCAUCUAAACUGGGGCUUGAAUCUGGAUUAAAAAGAGAAGAAUCAUUUGUCCUUGAAGACAAAGUAAAAAAUCCUUUCGGAAAGAAAGUUUCGUAUGAUGGUGUUGAAGGUCGCGUGUGGUUCAGUGACGAUUACUACGACGAUGAUCGAAUUGUGGCUCAAAUGCGUUUUAAACCUACGUACAUUAUCGAAGCAGAGAAAAAAAAAGUACAAGUGCCGUUAAAGACUAUAUUAUUAUAUAAUGGUUUUGGUAGUUGGGCUUUGAAAAAAGGUCAGAAAACAUUUGAAGACCAACAGUGUCCCGUCCAACAAUGUACAGUGACGGAUGACCGUCGUUCUGCAGAAACUGCAGAUGCUGUCAUGUUUCAUCAUUCUCCAAGCAAACCAUGGACUAAACGACCAAUUGAUCAGAUAUGGAUAUUAUUUUUGUUAGAAUCACCUUAUCAUACCCCUGGUCUUUCAGACUUUAAUAACGUAUAUAACUGGACAGCAAGUUAUAGACAUGAUUCUAUAAUAGUUGCACCUUAUGAAAAAAUGGUUCCACACGAUCCGGAUGUGAUAACGAAAAAGCAAGAUAAAAACUAUGCAGUUGGAAAAACAAAAAAAGUGGCUUGGUUUGUUUCAAACUGCGGGGCUCGUAAUGGACGCAGACAGUAUGCAGACGAGCUAGGGAAAUAUAUACAAGUCGAUAUUUAUGGAGCAUGUGGUCCUAAUAAAUGUCCUCGUCAUAAUACUGAACAUUGUUUUAAUAUGUUAGACAAAGAUUAUAAGUUUUAUUUAUCAUUUGAAAACUCUAACUGUCGUGAUUACAUCACUGAAAAGUUUUUUGUCAACGGUUUAUCACAUGACGUUGUUCCAAUAGUAAUGGGCGCACAUCCCAAUGAUUACAAGCGAGCAGCACCACCACAUUCUUUCAUUCACAUUGAAGAUUUCGAUUCACCUAAAGAUCUCGCUGAAUACCUUCAUAAAUUGGACAAAAAUGACGAUUUAUAUAACGAAUAUUUUCAAUGGAAAGGUACAGCUGGCACAGUAAACACUUUCUAUUGGUGUAGGAUAUGUUCUAUGUUGCAUGCAGUUCCAGAUCAUAAACCUAUUUCGUACAGAGAUAUAAACCGUUGGUGGCGAGGCGAAGGCGUGUGUAUAGGACAGAGCAAAUGGAAAGAUCAACCAGAAAGAAAACAAAUAACAGAUAAUUAUUUUGGAGAUGUUUAAAUUAUCUUUGUCUUUCCUAUACAUAGGAUACUCUGAAAAAAUACAUUUCUGUAGGGUUACAUCAGAGAUAUAGUUCCCUAUGUUUGUUUCUGGUUACAUUCAUUCAAAAUUAAGUGUGUAGUUAUGUUAAAUUAUUUUAAUGAAAACAAAAUGUGUAGAUUUAGGUGAAAAGGUCUGAAAAUCCAAGUUAGUGACACUUAACC